AUGCCCUUACCCCAGCUGAUCCAGGCAAUUUUUGAAGAUUCCUGGACUGAUGUAGAACUCCUGAUUGGAGAGGGUUAUGAGGUGAAUUCAAGUGAUGAAGAUGGUCGAACCCCAUUGCAUGCAGCAGCUUUCAUUGGAAAUCCAGAUGUAGUGGAGCACCUUGUUCAAGCUGGAGCACGGGUCAAUGCCAAGGACGAUGAAUGGAUCACCCCACUCCAUCGUGCUUGCUCUGCUGGGAAGCCUGCAAUGGAGAAGCUUCUUGAUCAUGGGGCUGAGGUGAAUGCACGAGAUAGAAUGUGGCAAACACCACUCCAUGUGGCCGCAGCUGCAGGUUCCCGUGACUGCCUGGAAGUCAUCCUUGGUGCCAAAAAUCUCAACAUCAACAUCACUGAUCGAGGAGGACACUCCUGCCUUCAUCUGGCUGCUUAUUUUGGAUGCUAUGAGGUGAUAGAGUUACUGCUGAGCCAAGGUGCAAAUGUGAAUGCAUAUGACAAACGAGAGAGACGAGCUCUUCAUUAUGCUGCAUUCAUGGGUCAUUCUACUAUCAUUUCUCAACUUAUCACAGCUGCUGGUGAUCAUACUGCCAGAGACAAACUGGAAUACACACCACUACAUGCAGCAGCUGCAGGUGGGCAUGCAGAAGCCAUCAAGGUGUUGGUGAAUGAAGGCAGUGAGGUUCAUGCUGUGAAUGUGUUUGGGAAUUCACCUUUGCAUACAGCCUGCCUUAAUGGCCAUGCUGGAGCCUGCUCCACACUAUGCAUUCUUGGAGCAGACUUGGAACUGAGGAACAAAGCUGGACUAACACCACUGCACAUAGCUGCCAGCUCAACAGAUGGGGAAGACUGUGUCCCAAUUCUCAUCAACAGGGGUGCAAAUGUGAAUGCCCAGUGCCUAAAGGGACGUACUCCACUGCAUUGCAGCAUCCUCCAGGGCCGCCACCAGAGAACCCAACUCUUUCUCUUCCAUCCUGCCCUACUGAGGAGGGGAUCCAAGCCAGGGAUGCAGGAUGUCUAUGGACAGACCCCUCUUCACCUGGCUAGUCAUUCUGGUUGCCCUGAGGCUGUCAGGGCUCUCCUUGUUUCUCAUGUGGAUCUUGGUAUCCCUGACAACUGUGGCAGGACUCCUUUGCAUCUGGCUGCUUAUUCUGGGAAUGUCGAAUGUGUGGAGCUGUUAUUAUCAUGGGGUGCUGAUGCAAGCCAGAAAGACAGGAAAGGGAGGUCAGCCUUGCACUAUGCUGCUGCUGCUCGCUCCUUGGAGUCCCUCAAGGCCUUACUUUCCUCUUGCAAAAAUCCUCUGGAAAUCAACCUCCCUGAUGAAGAUGGACUUACCCCACUGCUGUUUGCUGCUGCCAACGACAGCUCCUCCACGUUGGUUCAGGAGCUGAUAUCCAGAGGGGCUGAUGCAAGUGUGAUGACUCAAGGAGGACUAACACCAGUUCAUUUUGCUGCCAUCAGUGGACAUUUGGGGACUUUGAGGGUUUUGCUAGAGAACAAUCAACACUGGAGAAGGUCUUCCUUAUCCCCACUGCUCUUGGCUGUGCGUGAGAGGCAGCUGGGGGCUGUGAGGCUUCUGCUGCAGCAUGGGGUGGACCCAAAUCACUCCCAUACCAUCUUUGAAGCCAUUCUGCAAGACAACAGUGACAUGGUCCGUCUUCUUAUUCACUCUGGGGCUCAACCUCACUUCUCAACACAGAAAUAUGGAUACAGUGGGCUUCAUGCAGCAGCUCGAGUGGGUUCAGUGGAAAUCCUUCAAAUGCUCCUCAACAGUGACUGGGGUCCUCAACCGUUCUGUGUUGACACUAGAGACCAUCUCCAAAGGACUCCUUUGAUGAUUGCCUGUCUGUUUGAGCAUGUGCCAUGUAUUGCAAUGCUGAUUGGCCGAGGUGCAGACCCAAAUGCUUCCAGCAUCAAUGGCCUGACUCCCCUUCUCAUCACGACUUGCCUGGGAUCUGAGGAAGGAAGUGGGAUCCUCCUGCGACAUGCUGCUGACCCAACACAGUUUGGUACGACAAGGAGAGCAACCCCACUGCACAUGUCUGCCCGUCUUGGGGAAUCAUCCUCUCUCACUAUCAUGAUGGACAUUUUGAAGGAGCACCCUCCUUCCCCUGCCCUCAUCCCCCUUCGUGAUUCCUAUGGUUUCACACCUUUGCAUUGGGCAUGCCUUAAAGAUAAUCCAGACUGCUUGGAGGUUCUCUUGAACUAUGAGAUUGAAAGAUGGAAAGCCCAAAGUGCUGAUGAGAAAUGGGAUGCUUCUCCAUCACUUCUUCACCUGGCUAUAGAAGGGAACAGUCCGAGCUGUGCAGAGCUUCUCCUGUCGUAUUCAUUUGGAGGGGAUGUGAACGAGAAAGUGGAACCAGAGAUGAGAACAGCCUUGCAUCUAGCUGCUCUCAAGGGCCAUACUCCAUGUGUCAAACUCCUCCUCUCACAUGAUGCCAAUGUGAAUGCUACAGAUCGAGAGGGGAAGACACCCCUCAUGUUGGCCGCCACUUUUGGCCAUCUUGCCUCAGUCAAAUUGUUGCUGGAGUAUGGAGCUCAUGCAUGGAUUGAUGAUGCUUGGAAGGAAACUGCCUUGCAUGCAGCUUGCAGGGGUCGCCAUUCCCAGGUUGCCCUAGCCAUCCUUCAUAUGGGUUCUGCAACGCCUGAUCUCAUUAAUUUGCAACGGAAAGAUGGGAAAACAGCCUUACACCUGGCUGCAGGAGAAGGAUUGAUCCAGGUCACAGAGGCACUGUUGAUCAUGGGUGGAAGUGUGAAUAUCACUGAUGAACUGGGUUACACACCCCCUUUGUCCUGUGCCUCAUCUCCAGCCAUUGCCCAUUGCCUUGGUCUCAUGCUGUCUCUACUCCCGCUCCAUCUUCACAAUGGAUGCAAGGAAGAUGCAGAGACUCGCAGGAAUGCCUUGGCAAAUGCUCAGCUCCCUCGUCUUCCUAUCUUCAGGUCCCUUUCUGGUGAAGGGGGAGACUCUGGGGAAGGGGAUGCUUCUUCACACAGCUCUGAUUCUGACUUCUUUUGACAUAGCACCUGUUUUCUCACCAUUUUGACUCACAUUUUGUUUUCCUGACAUUCCUAAACCCUGUGUUGUUUUUGACUGUGGGAUUCCCUUUUCUUGCGGCAUUGAUGUCAUGGACUGAAUCCGAACCUGGUGAAUGAGCAUGAUCUCACGAACAGCCAUUGUACCACGGGUACAUGUCCUCCUUGAACUGCUGGUUUCAUCAGAAAAUGUGAUAAUGGUGGGCAUGAGAAUUCAUCUGAAUUCUUUUUUGUCCUCCUGGAAAGUUGUUUGCACUGUGAUGAAAGUGGGUGACCCUAUCUUGUCAUCAGUUGGUGAUGCAAUUUUGAAAAUUUUCAGCUUCAAUCAUGAAGAAUGUCAGCAUGAUUUUGGGCCAGUUUUUUUCUACUUGAUCAUGCCCAAACCCAAUCAAUUGCAAAACAUUUUCAGUCUUGUGAAAGACUCCCAUGUUCUUGUACACAGAAAGACUUGGUAUGUAACAAUAACUUGGUCAUUGUUACACAUUAUCCCACUUGAAUUUUUAUCUAGUGUGCUGUUCUUGAACCACAAUGAGGGAAGGAGGGAAAAAAAAUUUGUUGAAUCAUCCUUGAUCUGCCAUAAUUUAAACAAGUUGAUUUUCCUCUAAAAUUAUUAAAAGAGGGUUAGUAUGGAUGGUGCUUUUUUUUUUUAGGUUUUAUGAAAU